CAAAAGAAAGAGAUCAAACUAUGAUUCUAUUAUCUAUAAAAUAUUGGAAAUCUCAUAUUUGGGCCGGGCCACCCACAAGUGGUGUCUCUGCCACACACACUCAAAAAGAGUUUUAAUGCUGAAAAAGCAAGCGCUGUUAAUCAAAAUUCCAGGCCGGAGAAGACGAUCAAGGAAGCCAUGGCCAUGGCGAACAAAGGAACGGAGCAACGCGAAUGGGGGCAACGAGCAUGGGCCCACUUCUUGGCCGUCCGGCAACGCUCGCCCUUAGUCCAGUGCAUCACCAACUUCGUUUCAAUGGAUUUCAUGGCCAACACGCUGUUAUCCGCCGGCGCAUCACCGGCGAUGAUCCAUUCCUCCGACGAAAUCCCGGAGUUCACUCCCAAGGCCCACGCGCUCUUAGUAAACGCGGGAACCCUCACCGCCGACUGGCUCCCCGGCAUGAAAUUGGCCGCUCAGGUUGCCGGGAGUUCGGGAAAGCCCUGGGUUCUCGACCCCGUGGCCGCCGGCGCAUCCAGUUUCCGAUUAAUGGCUUGUUCGGAGCUUCUGGAGCUUAGCCCAACUGUUGUUCGAGGAAAUGCCUCUGAGAUUCUUGCGCUUUCUAAAGGUUGCGUUGAUUCCAAGUCUAAGGGUGUCGACAGCAUUCACGGUUCAGCUGAUGCCAUAGAAGCAGCAAAGUCUCUGGCUCAGUCAAGUGGAACCGUAGUCGCUGUUUCUGGGGCUGUUGACAUUGUCACAGAUGGAGAAAGGGUUGUCGGCGUGCGUAAUGGGGUGCCCAUGCUGCAAAAGAUCACUGCAUCCGGGUGCGCCGUGACUGCCCUUAUAGCCGCUUUUGUUUCUGUUGACCCGCUGCAUGCUUUAGAAGCCACUGCUUCUGCGUUUUCUGUCUUUGGCAUUGCCAGUGAGGCUGGAUUGGAGACAGCCCGAGGCCCAGCUUCACUGCGCACAAACUUGAUUGAUUCGCUUCAUAGCCUUGGCGAAGACGCCGUGGUUUCAAGGGUUAGCAUUCACAGCCUGUGAAUUGUCUGUCUCAGGUAAAUCAACUGGUUUUUCUAAGAACAGUUUCAUAGAUGACAAUAGAUGAAAAUACGAGCAAAAAGGCUUUGAAUUGAAGUUCAUACAAACAAGACAACACAUGUGUAUUGAUUUUUGAGAUUCGUUGUGUCCGUUGCAUAUGAAGCUAAAAACUCAUUCGUGACAACGUUUGAGCUUCGGGCAAAUAAUGGGCUAAAAUCAGAGGAUGAUACAUUAACUUCAUUUGCUUCUUAGUUACUUUGUAUGAAAUUUUGGAUGGGAAAAGCUGCAAUGUGUCAUGGGUGUAACAGAAACAUAUAUGUUUGUACAAGGGUAUGCCAGAGGCUGCAAUAUG